UUUGUUGUCAUAUCUGUUUUUGUUGUGAAGAGCAAAGGCGAGGAACAUCUCUGUUCGGAUGAAUCAAGUCUGUCCUUGACUCAUCUGUUUAUAAAACUGACCAUGUGAUUGUGAUUUUAUCAGAAAAUAGAGACAAUAACAGUCUUGACCUAUGGUGAACAUUAUAGAGAGGUAGAAUGUAAAACACGAUGGCUGGUUUUGAAACGUACCAGGAGUAUCAGCGAAUAGAAGAUUAUGAUGAAGACUCACCUCCAGGAGAGGAAGAUUUACUCAUCCACGUGCCAGAGGGCAGAGGCGACCCAUGGCAUCAUAUCAAGAACCUCGACAAUUUCUUCACAAGAAUCUAUCAUUUCCAUCAGAAGAAUGGAUUCGCCUGUAUGGUGUUAUCAGAGGUUUUUGAACUUGUGCAAUUCCUGUUUGUGGUCACGUUUACAACUUUUCUCUUCAACUGUGUGGAAUAUGAUGUUCUCUUUGCCAACCGGGUGGUCAACCACACGGGUCAGACCCUCGGUCCUUUGGACAGGAACAAGGUCACCCUUCCUGAUGCGAUUUUACCCAGCGAGCAGUGCACUGAGAGGAUUCAAGGAAACAGCUGGAUCAUCUUUCUCUUGAUAAUGGCAGCCAUUUUCUGGGUCUAUCGACUCGUGAAGGUGAUCUGCAAUGUCCUCAGCUACUGGGAGAUUCGACAGUUUUACAAAAAAGCACUGAAAAUACAAAUGGAUGAGCUUUGCAACUUCACAUGGCAAGAAGUUCAAGGCCGUUUAAUUCACCUGCAGCGUGAGCAGCCUAUGUGCGUCCAGAAGCGCGAACUUUCCGAGCUAGAUAUCUACCACCGCAUCCUGCGCUUUAAAAACUACACGGUGGCCAUGAUCAACAAAUCCCUGCUGCCCGUCAGACUGCGUGUGCCCUUCUUUGGCGACAUGAUUUUCCUCACACAGGGCCUAAAAUACAACUUUGAGCUCAUUCUGUUCUGGGGACCUCUGUCACUCUUCCAGAACAAAUGGAGUCUGCAUCCUAAAUACAAACGGGCGGCAAACCGACAGGAGCUCGCCAAGCAGCUCAGCCGCGUCAUACUUCUGACCGGUCUGGUCAAUCUGCUGCUGUGUCCGUUCGUGCUUGUGUGGCAGGUGCUGUACGCGUUUUUUAGCUACGCUGAAGUCAUCAAGCGCGAACCGGGAAGUUUGGGAGCCCGCCGCUGGUCGCUGUACGGCCGGCUCUACCUGCGCCACUUUAACGAGUUGGAUCACGAGCUGCAAGGCAGGCUGGGCCGUGGGUACAAACCUGCUGCUAAAUACAUGAAUGCAUUUGUUUCUCCUCUAUUGGCGGUGUUUGCCAAGAACGUGGCGUUCUUCUCUGGAUCGGUGCUCGCCGUGCUCAUCGCUCUGACGGUGUACGAUGAAGACGUGCUGACUGUGCAACACAUCCUGACGGCCAUCACCGUACUUGGAGUGGUCAUCACCAUCACCAGGUCGUUUAUUCCAGAUGAACAUAUGGUGUGGUGUCCCGAACAGCUGCUUCAGUGUGUCCUGGCCCACAUUCACUACAUGCCCGACCACUGGAAGGGCAACGCCAACAAGAGCGAGACCCGUGACGAGAUGGCACAGCUUUUCCAAUAUAAAGCGGUCUUUAUAUUGGAAGAGCUUCUGAGCCCCAUAAUUACCCCCUUCAUCCUUAUCUUCCCCCUGCGGAGCAAGUCUUUAGAAAUCAUCGACUUCUUCCGCAACUUCACUGUGGAUGUGGCAGGGGUGGGAGACAUUUGCUCAUUCGCCCAAAUGGACAUCAGGCGCCAUGGAAAUCCACAGUGGAUGUCCGAAGGUCAGACGGAGGCCUCUGUGUACCAGCAGGCUGAGAAUGGCAAGACGGAGCUGUCUUUGAUGCAUUUCACCAUCAAGAACCCGCACUGGCAGCCGCCGCAGGAGAGCUCGGUGUUCAUCAGCCACCUGAAGGAGAAGGUGCAUCAGGACGCUCAGACAGGACCGUCUCCACAGCUGCUGUUGUCUGAGGCUCCUCUCUGUACCUCGCUGCUGUCCAAUGAGUCCGCCACGGGUCCUGAUAACCUGUUAGCCAGUGUGUUGGCUCACCCCGUACUGACCGCCUCCGGACUGCCUGGGAGGAACCGCCGCUUCAUCCCGCCGAGCAGCGCGGCUUCGGCUGCCGCUAGCGUCCUGGCGUCCCUUUCGACGUCUCAACAGCCCCACGCCAGCCGUUCUCGCUCACACACUCUCCUGCCGUCCCGACAGCACCACGACGGUACCAUGUACUGCAGCGACCACACUAUGGGCGACAGCAUGUCUGCAAGUGACUCCAGGAUGCUCAGCCAGUCUUAUUCGGCUCUGGCGUCAGAGUUUGCGUCUGCCGAGAUGAGCCUGCAUGCUAUUUACAUGCACGAGGUGCAUCAGCAGAAGACCCAGCAUGCAUCUGGACCGUUUCAGGCCUCUGUGCCAAUGAGGGACUUGAGCACAAACAGUGCUCAGGGUCCUCAGAUACAGCCCGCACAGACGGUCACCCUGGUGCCGCCCACUUCUGGCCGCUUGGGCGGCUGGGCUGAAGAGGAAGAGGAGGAGCAGGGCGACGAGGAAGAGAUAAACACCAACCCUGUGCCGGAUCAGACCAGCAGAGGGAGCAGCUGAAGUGCCUUCAACCUGUACACAGUUUUUGUUGAUUUCUGGGAGUUGUGGCCUUACUUUGGUUUGAAAUCCUUCAAUCAAGCAUGUUGGGACGCCACACGCAUGUCGUUCAAAGAGCCCGUCGGAGCCGUUCGCUUCUCCGGAUGCACCGUCUUCUGUUUCAGAGGAACUGUGACGUAACGGACUGCAAGAGUAUGUCUGCCACUUCCCCUCCUUCGUCACGUCAAUUGCAUUUACAUUUCAGACUGCUGUGUGUGUAGGAGUGUGUGUUUUUGUUUUGUUUCUGACACAACAGGAUGACACUUUGUUUUACAGUAUUUAUUUCCAUUUCAGUUUCUUUCAUGCAACGUUUGUUUCAUUUGGGUUCAAGCAAGUUUUACGCAUCUCUGAUUCUUUUGAAGCGCUGCCUCGGUUUUGAAGGAUGACAGCAUCCUUUUAUUGUAGUAUUGCUAGUUUGACUUUGCGUUACAGCACCAGCGGACAGAAAAUAUCACUGAAUGUAAAAUCAUACCUGUUGCCUCAUAAGAAAGAAAAAAUAGUAUUUGUCACAAAAUUAUAAAACAUGUUUUUUUUUUUCCCUUAAAGAAAAUAAUAUAUAUAGACUUAGGGAUAGGAUUUGCCUCAAGAAAGGUUAAAAAUUACAUUUAAAUUAAAAGUAAUUCACAUUUGCAGAAGUUUUGAGAAAUAACCUCUUAGCCUGAGAUAAAAAAAAGCUAAAUUUAAACAAUAAAAAAAAGAUUUUAGCAAUAAAACUCAUCAUGCUUUACCAAAAAGUGUUUGAUUUGGAGGGGGAUGCAAAGUAGGUCUGUCAUGCUACACAAAUGCUAGUUUUAAUCAUAUUAAAAUAUCUUUAGAUGACCAUAUGACUGCAUUGAGGAAUUUUUAAGUGAAGUGACGGCUAAAAGUAAAUAAAACAAAAACUGAUUCAAUUAUUAAAAUGAAACGUUUUUAAAAGCCAGAUGUUGGUCCAAGUUCACAGCUAUUGAAAUAUUAUUUCUAGACUACUUGUUCAGCUUGUAAACAGCAGAUUAGCACAUUAUUUAACCACUAAAGAAAUUAAAAUGAAACACUAGUCACGGUUAAAAUCAGUUUGAAAGUGUCAGUGUCGUGUUUUUGAGGUUGGUUUAAGAUUUGUACUUUGUGACCUGACCGAUAACUAUGGAAGCCCGCUUUCACCACUGGAUAAAAAAUAAUAUAAAAAAAAGCUAAUUGCAACUUAAAAAAAAAAUUACGACCAUUAUUUUACAAAUUAAGUCGCAAUUCUGACUUUUUUUUCUCUGAAUUACGUGAUAUAAACUUGCAAUCGCAUGUUAUAAAGUCAGAAUUGUGAGACAUAAACUCACAGUUCAGAGAAAUAGUCAGAAAUGCAAGAUAUAAACUCAUAUCUUUUUUUUUCUUAAUUGCGUGACAAACUCACAAUUGAGUUAUAACGUCAAAAUGCGAGACAUAAACUCGCAAUUCUGAGAAAUAAAGUUAAAAAAAGAUAACUUGUAAUUUGAAAAAAGUUGCAAUUGGAAAAAAUUUUGCAAUUUGUAUAAAAAAAACAUCUAAAUUGUGAGAUAUAAACUCACAAUUCUGAGAAAUAAAGUAAAAAAAAGAUGAUAACUUGCAAUUUGAAAAAAAGUUGCAAUUGGAGAAGUUGCAAUUUGUAAUUAAAAAAAGUCAGUUGUGAGAUAAACUCACAAUUGCGAGUUAUAAAGUCAGAAUUGUGAUAUUAACUUGCACAUCUGACUUUUUCUCAGAAUUUCAAGUUUACAUCUCACAACUGUGACUUUUUGUACAAACUGCAAUAUUUAUGAAUUGCUUUAUGUAAACUUGCAGUUGCGUGUUAUAAAGUCAGAAUUGCAAAACAAACUUGACUUUUUAUCUCACAAUUGACUUUUUUUCUCAGAACUGUGAUCUAAACUCACAAUUGUGAGUUGUAAAGUCAGAAUUGUGAGAUACUCGCAUGUAUGACUUUUUUCUCAAAACUGCAUGAUGUAAACUUGCAAUUGCGUGUGAUAAAGUCAGAAUUACGAGACAAACUUGUAAUUGAGAAAUAAUUCUGAAUUCUAAAGUCACAAUUCUAAGAAAUAAAGUCACAAUUCUGAUAACUUUUCUCUCAGAAUUGCGAGUAUAUAACACGCAAUUGGGAGUUAAGUCAGAAUUGUGAGAUAUAAACUCUAAAUUCUGAGAAAAUGUCUUUUUUCGCCUCAAAACUGGACUUUUAUAACUCGCAAUUGCGAGUUUAUAUCUCACAAUUCUGACUUUUUUCUCAAAGUCACAGUAACCGUUUUUUAUUCUUUAUCAAUGGGCUUCCAUAGAUAACAGUCUCUUCCAGCGUGUUGAAUUAAAUAUUACACAUCUGACAGAUGAUCUUUCAAGUCGUAUCCCAGAAUUCAUCAGUUUAAGCAGUUAACGUCGUGUGUCCAAGUCCGUGUCGACCCAAAACGGAAGGAUGUGAUUUUUGUGCGGUGCCUGCGGUAAGACUUCAGUCAGUUUUCAAACGAGAAUCUGCCGUUAUCUAGAACAAAAUAGUUUUAACUAAUGUGCUCUCAAAGUGCGGGAAGGUUUGUCUCUGUAAUAUAUCACAAGAGCCUAAGGGCUUUAGACAGUUUACACAUGGUAAAUGACACUCUGGUCUGAGAGAGAUACCCAUAAUUCAUGUGAAACACUGAACUUCCUUUGGCCGGUGCUUGUCAGAAGCUGUCAGAAAUCAUCUACUUGAAAUACUGCAGUUAGAGAGUAGUUUAAAGCGUAGUUAGUAAAGAUAACGGCGUCCAUAUCACACCCGCUGAAAUACCUCCUGAUGUACCUUAAGACCGUGUAUGUACAGUAUUUAUUUGUGUGGGACGUUAUCGAACGCGAUCAGGAUGGAGCUGCAGAAGUGAGGUUUGCAGCGUUGCAGGAUUGUUCAAGUUUUUCCACACAAGACUGAACUGCAUAAGUGAAACACAUUGUUUUACAGCUUAUCUUAAUGUUCUGUUUAAACAGUCUGGGGUCGGGCUGUGCCAGGUGCUAUAUAUAUAUAUAUAUAUAUAUAUAUGUAUAUUUAAUUUGUUUCGAUAUUUAUCUCUUUUUGUUGGAUUUUGACUUUUUUGGUCUGAUCAAAAAUAACACUAUCAGAAAAUAAACCAUACUGAAACCUG